AUGAUCGGUGAGUUCUACCUACUUGGAGAGCUCACCUGGCAUGACGACCACAUCCCCGAAGGAGAAAUUUGGUUGAAAGGGGGAGGAACUUUCAAGCUAAUGGUGCAAUUGGCCAAUGUGAAGCGACCCAAUAGCCUCCACAACACCCGGGUGAUCAUGUUGUUCCCUGGAUCUGACUCCACUUACAACCUCGAUGUCUCUCUGGAGACCAUUAGAUGCCAAAUUGCUGAUUUGGAGUCAAUGUCAUGGCGGUGUGUUUUCUUCUUCUGGAAAACCAUGAAAGUCUUUGCCUUCGGCGACUAUGAAUAUCUGACCCGCAUGUAUGGACUCACUGGCCCCAAUGGCCGUCAUUGCUGUCUCUACUGUGAGAUGACCAAGAAGGAAAUAGCUGACCCACCAAUGGCUGUCCCCUGUCAGCGAAGCCUGCAGACCCUCAAGGAAUCCCUGAACCACUUCAAAACCUGUGGCAUCCCAAAGGAAUCUAAUAACGUCAUCAGAUCCCCAUUCUUUGACAUUCCAAUAAAUAGGUAUUAUAAGCCCUUUUCUCUUAUUUAUCAGGUCUGUCCUCCUGGGCUCCAUAUCUCCCUCGGGGUCUUCUUGAAGCACUUCAACUCGCUCUGCCAAGCAUGUCACACUCUGGACCUGGAGAUUGGCCAGUCCUUGGCAAAAAGUCCUACAGACCAACUGGAAGCAAAAGAGGCCUUCAAACAGCAGCUGAAGAAGCUGAGUCUCCAGUCAAGACUGAAGCUUGCUGAGGAAGAACUCCACGACCUCAUGGACCAGCACAUGAUGGUUGGACUUCUUUACCCUGAAGCUGAACCGCCCACCCUCAUCCUGGAAAUGGCUGAAGAGAAGAAGAGAGAGAAAGUUACACUGGAGAAGGAAAUAGGCAAAAUACCAGAAAUGACAGUUCACUCUGGACCAACUAAUGUUGGUCUAGAAGAAGCACUACAGCAGUUGAGAGUGAGCAGACAGGCGUACCAUGGUCGUUCAUUUGUAGGGAACCAUGUACAUAAAUGUUUACAGCCUGAGAACACUGAUCUGAUCACUGCUGCUAUAUCAAAGAAGGUACAGUCACUCUGCCCCAACGACCGGGACCUCAUCCAGAAGGCAGAAGAGAUAGCCAGCAAGUAUAAUACUUUGCUAAAGCUGUUCGGGGCAUGCCACCGGGGUAUAAACACGGGUACUUUCCUGGACGACUCAGUCAUCGACAAGCUGGACAAAGACAUCAAAGAGUAUAUGUUGUUCUACCGUCAGAACUUCCCCACAGAGAGCGUGACCCCCAAACAGCAUCUAUUGCAGUAUCAUGUCAUCCCCUGGUUCAGAGACUGGAGAGCAAGCCUUGGGAUGAUGGGUGAACAAGGGGGAGAGUCGGUCCACUGCCAACUCAACAACAUUUCAAGAGAUUUGAGGGGCUACAACGAUGACCUCAAACUCAAUAUACAAUGUGUAAAAAAUCAGUGGAUAUUAAGUAGCCCCUCAAAUUACAAUAAGUUCAGUUAGAUCCACUCUAAAUACCCUCUCAAUCUCGGAGUAGAGAAGUAGAGAAGUGUACACUGAAUUCUAUGUAUACAGAGCUUGUGGGGUCUUUAAUUUUUUUUAUUCAUCUUAUUUUAUUCUAUUAUUUUUUAUAUUUUUUAUUUGCAAUCUAAGAAUAUAUUCUUGCCUUGGGAAUUAAACUUAGAAUUAAAUAAGAGUGUAUAUAGCAUUAAACAAAAAAUUGAUUCGAAUGGCUUUACUGAAGUAGGUCACCUUUUUGUUCUCUGUAAUAGACAUGCAGUAGAGAAUUAUGUUGAAACUUUAAUCUAUGACUAUAUUUCAAAAACAUUGUAUAGAAUAGAAUGAUUGAUUAGAAUGCAUUAUGUAUUUACAUAUAUAGUCUAAUAAAGUCUGUUCUGCAAUAUCUGGAAUCUGCAAUAUCAGCUAGAUACCAGUAUCCAUUAGCGGAUGAAGUACAGAGAAUCAGAGAUACAUGUACUACUGCCAGUGUGUAGGAUUUAGGAUCAGUGGACAAGUAUCCAGACUUAUUAUUAUUAUUA